AUGGCUACUACUACUGAAAGACGAGCAGAGAUUCUCAGCCCCAAAUUUGCCUGGGCUAUUCUAAGUGAAUUUGUAGGAACUGCAAUCUUUCUCUGCAUUGUCAUGGGCGCAUCCUUCAAGUGGCCUUCGGAAGAGCCUAACGUUCUCCAGAUUUCUUUGGCUUUUGGACUAACCGUCGCAACCGUGGUCCAAAUAUUUGGUCCUAUCAGCGGUGCGCAUAUCAACCCAGCUGUCACCCUUGCCUACUUUGUGGGGAACCAGAUCUCCAUCGUUCGCUUCGUAUUUUAUAUGAUCCUACAGGUAUUGGGAGCCCUUGCUGGUACCGGAAUCAUCUAUUCGGUGACACCUGGAGACAUCCGCUCAACACUAUUUGCCAAUAAUGUCUCCAAAGAUGUUUUUGCAAGUGAAGCCUUUCUAAUUGAAAUCAUACUAACCUUUUGUAUGGUUAUGUGCAUCUUCUCUGUAACUGAUAAACGCAGGAGAGACAGAAACAAUGCAGCAUUGUCUAUCGGCCUGGCUGUCUCUAUGGCUCACCUUAUCGGGAUUUAUUAUACUGGCUGCUCCAUAAAUCCAGCAAGAUCCUUUGCCCCUGCUGUCAUACUGGGAAAAUUUGGUCCUUUUCAUUGGAUCUUCUGGAUGGGACCUUUCAUAGGGGCUAUCUUGGCUGCUAUAAUAUACAACUACGUCCUAUGUCCCCAGAGACUGAGCAGGGAGGAGAGACUGGCUAUUUUUAAAGGUUUCUUUCCCUGUGAAGAUGAUCUGCAACCGACACCAGGAAAUAGGACUGACUCACGCUGGAACAAUCCCACGGGUCAAGAGAGCCACCCCAUGAACUAUACUUCACACAUGUAACCUGGAAAGCUUUGCAGAGUGAUGCUUACUUACCUCCCCAAGAUGUCCGUCAAGCCUCAUAUUCCUGAAAAGCCCCUGUGCCAAAAAGACUUGACACUGCACUGGAGAGGAAGCAAAGAUAGGUUCACUCUUAUGAAGGAGAAGGCCACGCCCCUCUCAGUCACCAUAUCCUCUCUCUGAGUUCCAUUAACUUGUAAGCAUUUCCACUUCAAAACUGUGAUUCAAAUUCUUCUCUGGAUUGUGGAAUUAAUCAGCCAGCAGUUGUGGGGUAUGUAAUAUAUAGAAAUUUAAUGGUGUACUACAUGUACUUUCUCUUAAAUAACAUUGCUGUUAAUAACCCAGAAGGUGAAGUUUUAUGUUUCUUUAUAUCCGUUAAAAAUUCACAUGGAGAGCUUUUUUGACAGAAAACAUUGGCUGAUAAUAUAAAUAAAAUAUUAUU